AUGCGUCCGUCCUCCGACGCCAACGCCGACGAGGCGUUGGCCCGUAUGGGCUACAAAAGUGAACUCCCCCGAAAUCUGAGCAUGCUCAGCAUUCUCGGUCUCUCCUUCGCCAUCAUGGCUGCCCCCUUCGGCCUCAGCACCACCCUCUACAUCACCCUGACCGACGGCCAAUCCGUCAGUAUCAUCUGGGGUUGGGUCCUGGUCACCCUUAUCUCCAUCGCUAUCGCCGCCUCCCUCGCCGAGAUCUGCGCCGUAUACCCAACCGCCGGCGGAGUCUACUACUGGAGCGCUAUGCUGUCUACUAAGGAAUGGGCCCCUAUGAUGUCCUUCAUCGACGGCUGGUUGACCCUCGUGGGCAAUUGGACCGUGACCCUGAGUAUCACCUUCUCCGGCGGCCAAUUGAUUCUCAGUGCCAUUUCCCUGUGGAACGAGGACUUUGUCGCCAACGCCUGGCAGACCAUCCUCAUGUUCUGGGCCGUCAUUCUGUUCUGCGCCCUCGUCAACAUCUUCUGCUCCAAGUGGCUGGAUUUGAUCAACAAGGUCUGCAUCUACUGGACCGCCGCCAGCGUCAUCAUCAUCCUCGUCACCCUCCUGACCAUGGCCGACGAGCGGCGCGACGCCGCCUUUGUCUUUGGCCACUACGAUGCAUCCCAAAGCGGCUGGCCGUCCGGAUGGGCCUUUUUCGUCGGAUUGCUGCAGGCCGCCUACACGCUGACCGGAUACGGCAUGGUGGCCGCCAUGUGUGAGGAGGUGCAGAACCCGCACCGCGAGGUGCCCAAGGCCAUCGUGCUGUCCGUGGUCGCCGCCGGGGUGACCGGGCUGGUGUACCUGAUCCCGAUCCUGUUCGUGCUGCCGAACGUGAAGACGCUGCUGAGCGUCGCGAGCGGGCAGCCCAUCGGGCUCAUCUUCAAGACGGCAACGGGCUCGGCCGGCGGCGGCUUCGGCCUGCUGUUCCUGAUCCUGGGCAUUCUGAUGUUUGCGGGCAUCGGCGCGCUGACGGCCGCCAGCCGAUGCACCUACGCCUUUGCGCGCGACGGGGCCAUCCCGGGCUUCCGGCUCUGGCGCAAGGUCAACACGCGGCUGGAUGUGCCGGUGUGGGCGGUGAUACUCUCGACAGUGGUGGACUGCCUGCUGGGGCUGAUCUACUUUGGGUCGACGGCGGCGUUCAACUCGUUCACGGGGGUGGCGACCAUCUGCCUGAGCACGUCGUACGGAGUGCCGAUUUUUAUCAACGUGCUGCGGCGGCGGCAGGCGGUGCGCGAGUCGAGCUUUUCGCUGGGGCGCUUUGGCUACGCGAUCAACAUCCUGACGGUGUGCUGGAUCGUGCUGGCGGUGGCGCUGUUCUGCAUGCCCGUGUCGCUGCCGGUCACCGCGGAGUCGAUGAACUACGCCAGUGUGGUGUUUGCCGGGUUCGCGGCGAUCAGCGUGACGUGGUAUGUGGUGUAUGCGCGGAAGCAUUUCACCGGGCCCCCCGUGUCGAGCGACGAGAUGGAUCUGACGGGGGUGAUGACGGGGAAGGCCGUGGGGGAUCCCGAGACGGGGGAUGAUGUGGUGGAGAUGAAGAAAUAG